AUGGGUUGUUGUUACUCAUUGCCUUCAACUGUAGAUCCUAUUCAAGACGAGACGACCGAUGCAUCUUCCGAACCCAGAAACGGCAGAAGAGAAGAUCCACCAUUAACGAAAUUCUCUUUCUACGAUCUCAAGAUGGCCACCAGAUAUUUUAGUCCUGAGAACAUUGUUACGGAGCAUGGCUUCGAUAUCGUCUUCAAGGGGCGUUUGCAAAAUGGUAGCGUCAUCGCUGUCAAGGUAUUUAAUAGCACGGUUUGGCCUGACCUUAACCUAUUUGUGGAAGAGGCACAAAGAGUUGGGAGGUUAAGACAUAAGAGAAUCGUCAAUUUGAUUGGAUAUUGUUGUGAUGGAGAUAAAAGGCUUCUUGUCGCAGAUUUCAUGCCAAAUGAUACUCUUGCUAAGCGUUUAUUUCAGCGGAAGCAUCAAACCAUGGAUUGGCCUACGAGGUUGAGAGUAGCCUAUGGUGUAGCUGAGGCAUUGUGUUAUUGCAAUACGGCAGGCUUUGCUUCGUACAAUAAUCUAAGUGCUUACAAGGUUCUAUUUGAUGAGGAUGGUAAUGCAUGUCUUUCUUGUUUCGGCUUGGUGAAGGAGAUCAAUGAUGAUCAAAGAACAACAACAGGAAGUGUGAACCCUCAUAAUAUGACAUACAGAUUUGGUACUAUCCUUGUAAAUCUGAUAAGUGGAAAGCAAAUUCCUCCAAGCCAUGCUCCAUCUCGUGAAGUGAUUGAAACGACAACGCAGCAAGAGGAGGCAUCAUCAUCAACUCGUAUUUCGCCACUAGGAGAGGCUUGUUCGAGAAUGGACCUUGCAUCUAUUCAUAAAAUCAUGGUGUCGACAGCAUAUGACGAUGACAAGGAUUUCAUCGAGUUAUCUUUCGAAGAAUGGAUACAAGAGGUGAAAGAACUUCAAGAUGUACGUAAACAAGGUGAUCAAGCCUUUGUAGAGCAAGACUUUAAAACCGCCAUCGACUGUUAUUCUCAGUUCAUUGAUGCUAGGUCAAUGGUGUACCCAAGUGUUUAUGCGAGGCGUAGUCUAUGCUAUCUAUUCUGCAAUGAGCCAGAUAAAGCCCUCCUUGAUGGGAUGACUGCACAAACUGUGUACCCUGAUUGGCCAACCGCCUUCUACUUGCAGUCUGUGGCCUUAGCCAAACUCAACAUGAACAUUGACUCUACAAAUACUUUGAAAGAAGCAGCUAUCCUUGAAGCAAAGAGAAAGCAUCAGUGA